AUGGCGCUGUCUCUUGCCUUGGGCCCUGGCACUACCUGCAUUGCCAAAGCUGAAGAUGCCGUGGAUGAGGAUGAUGGCGGCUAUGAUCUGUUAAGCAUGAUGGUGUGGUGCCCCUGCACUUGUCAGUCUCUCCCACAAUGGCUACGUGCCUCCUUGUUGAGCCUGCGUGAGGCGGCUGCCGCUGUAGGGGGCACCCUGACAUCCCUGCUGCUUGCUGAGAUGUCAGCGGCCAUGGCUGUGCUGCAGAUGCAGAAGGUGAAAAUCAGUAGCUUGGGAGCUUCUCAUGCUUAUUGUUUCAACUACCGCAGGUAUAGAGCUGUCACAAGUGCCUACUACAGAGGUGCUUUGGGAGCUCUGCUAGUCUAUGAUAUCACGAAACGCCAGAGCUUCGACCACAUACCUCGCUGGCUGGAAGAGCUUCGGGGCCAUGCUGACAAGGACAUUGUCAUCAUGCUGGUCGGCAACAAGAGUGACCUCGAAGAGGAGCGUGCUGUAAGCACCGACGAUGCCAAGGAGUUUGCCGAGAAGGAGAACCUCUUCUUCCUAGAGACCUCCGCGCUGCAGGCGACCAAUGUUGAAAAUGCCUUCCAGACCGUCUUGACAGAGAUCUUUAAGAUCCACAGCAAGAAGAACAUGGCAGCGGACCCAAAGGCCAAUGGGGCCGCACCAUCACUGGCAGGGAAGAAGGUCAUCGUCCCAGGUCCAGCUCAGGAGAUCCCCAAGAGCAAGUGCUGCAGUUCCAUGUGA